AUGACCAUCUCUACCAGCGGCGCCCACGUCCUAGUGUUCCCUUAUCCUGCGCCCGGGCAUAUGAUGCCCCUCCUGGACCUAACCAACCAACUGGCCACACGUGGACUUACCAUCACCAUACUGGUCACACCUAAAAACCUCUCUAUCCUGAACCCACUUCUCUCCAAACACCCUUCUAUCAAAACCCUAGUCUUGCCUUUUCCUGCGCACCCCUCACUUCCCACCGGCGCAGAGAACGUCAAAGACCUCCCUCCCAUAGCCUUCCCUGCUAUCAUGCGCUCUAUGCACCAACUCUUCACCCCCAUCCUACAUUGGUUCCAAAACCACCCUUCUCCGCCGGUGGCCAUCCUCUCCGACAUGUUCCUGUGGUGGACCCACCAGCUUGCGUGUCAGCUCGGGAUUCGCCGAUUCAUGUUCUCAUCUUCAGGUGCAAUGGCCAUGACAAUCAUUUAUUCGCUGCGUCGAUACCCACCGGAGAAUGAUGAUCUGAACGAUCCUAACCGUCUGAUCUCUCUAUCGAGAAUUCCGAACUCCCCGAUUUACCCUUGGUGGCAGCUUCGUUUUCUGUAUAGUACUCGCUACGUGGAGGGAGACCCAAUUUCGGAAUUCUUGAAAGAUGGUGUUCUUGCUAACAUGGCGAGUUCUGGACUCGUGUUUAACUCGUUCAGUGAGUUGGAACGAGUUUAUUUCGACCACGUGAUGGAGGAAGCGGGCCAUGGUCGGGUGUGGGCAGUGGGGCCGUUACAACCUACUGAGGAUGAUUCAUCAGCAAAAAGAUCUGGGUCGAGACCGGAAUUGGCCAGUGAUAUAUCAUCUUGGCUUGACACGUGUGAAGAUCGCACGGUGGUGUACGUGUGUUUUGGAAGUCAAGCUGUGUUGAACAACAAUCAAAUGGAAGAAAUUGCAUCUGGGUUGGAGAAAAGUGGAGCUAAGUUUUUAUGGUGUGUCAAGGAGGCCCCAAAGGGACACGUGGAGGGAGAUUACGGCGUGAUACCACUAGGUUUCGAAGAUCGUGUGAUUGGGAGAGGGUUGAUCGUAAAAGAUUGGGCCCCGCAGGUGAUGAUACUGAGACAUCGAGCUAUCGGGUCGUUUUUGACUCACUGUGGUUGGAACUCGAUUCUUGAGGGGCUCGUUGCCGGGGUGCCAAUGCUAGCAUGGCCAAUGGAGGGUGAACAAUUUUUGAAUGCCACUCUAUUGGUGGAUGAGCUAAAGGUUGCAAUUAGGGUUUGUGAGGGUGCACAAACGGUUCCGAACUCGGAUGAGUUGGCUCGAGUUGUGGCUGAGUCCGUGAGCAUGCAAGAGAUUGAGAACAUACGAGUUGGAAAGCUACGCAGGGCAACAUUAGAUGCCAUAAAAGAAGGUGGAAGUUCUUGUGAGGACUUGGAUAAGUUGGUCAUGCAUAUUUCAGAAGGGGCAACUUAAAUAUAAGAGGGAGGACUUGAAACAUUAAAAAAAUAAUUUUAUUGUUUCUUAUUGAUUGAUUAAUGAUAGAAAAGAAGGAAUGAAGGAA